CGGUUGUUUCUACUCGCUUUUGCUUCGUCGAGCAAGAAGAGCUCAGCAAAUAAAUUGACAUACAAUUUCGAUUUGAGCCAGCUAAGAAUUUUGGAAAAGCGUGCGUUCGUGUGCGUGUGCGUCGCGCGCGUUGGAAGCGGUAACAACAACAACGAAAACAAGAAUAACAACAGCAAAAAUAAAAAUCAACAACAUUUAUAGGCCCGAGUCGGAGCAGUUCGCGCCACUUUGAAAAGAUCCAUGCAAAAUGUCUAGUCCUGACGAUAGAAUACCAAUACGUGAUCUGCCGCCCGAAGCCGGAAACGAUGAGCGAUUGUUGCACAUUACGCCGGGCGUCAUAUCGUUGGACUUUAAGCCCCGCCAAGUUGACAUUGAUCAGCAGAUCCUAGAGCUGAAGAAAAGCCAGGAGCUGCAAAAGCAGCGACUUUUCCACUCGUAUCAGGAGCAGACGAAACAAAUGGAACUGGAGCAUAAAAUGCAAUUGGAGCACAAAUAUCAUUUUGCGGUGCAUUCACAUGGCGCUUUCCAGGAAUUGCGGGAACAGAGCAUGGUCGCGGCGGCGGCAGCUGUCGAGGAGCAGCAUCGCCAGCAGCAACAACACCAGCAGCAGCAGCAGCAACAACACCAGCAACAACACCAGCAGCAGCAGCAACAACAACAGCAGCAGCAACAACAGCAGCAGCAACAGCAGCAGCAGCGGGAGCGAAGGGAACGGGAGGUGAUGAAGCGCAAGGAGAAUUGCAGCGCGAACGCGAGUCCCGAAGUCAAACAGAUACUCAGUUGCUUUCUCAUGAGCCGCAAGUCGCAGGCGGUGGCACCGAAUGGCACAACAACAACUUCGCCCUAUCGCAAUCGCGGCGUGGUGAAGAGCUCCUCGGGCGAAUCCUUGCCCGCGGGCACCGUUACCAGCGCACAUCCCUAUAAAAUACCACAGCCGCCGGCCUCACUGCUCAAAUAUGAAUCUGAUUUCCCCCUGCGGAAAACGGCAUCGGAGCCGAAUCUGCUGAAGAUACGACUCAAGCAGAGCGUCAUCGAGCGCAAGGCACGCAUCGUCGGGCCCGCGGGCGCGCGACGUCACGAGCGGCUGCUGCAGGCCGCCCAGCGAAGGCAUCAGAAGAACUCCGUUCUCACAAACUGCAACAGCACGCCGGAUUCUGGUCCCAAUUCGCCGCCCUCGUCGACUGGCAUGUCGGUGGGCGUGGUCGGCAGCCGAGGCUCACCGACAAGUGCGCCGAUCCAGGAGGAGAACGAGGAGGUCAAUCAAUACCAGCCGGGCCAGCGCAGCAGCAUCAACGACCUGCCGCUGUUCAGUUCCCCCUCCCUGCCAAACAUAUCGCUGGGACGACCGCAUUUAACCAACGCCCAGGCGGGCCAGGCCAACUAUGCCAUGUUCGCUGCACUGCGUCAGCAUGUGGCAGCUACGGCCGCUGCCGCUGCCGCUGGCGGUGCCGCUGGCGCUGCCGGUGCCGGUGUCGGUGCCGGUCCACCGGUGCCCGUCGGUGUCGGUGUGGGCGUGGCCGGCACACCGCCCACCUAUUAUAAUCCGCUGGCCAUGUCGUUUGGCAGGCAAGCGGCGCCGGUGCCGCCGCCGCCGCUUUCGAUGAUGCCCGCAACGGGCAUCGCGCCGCAGCCGUCGCCAGUUGUGCGGUCCGCAUCGGCGACGUCGACGUCCUCGUCGCAGGCAUCGCUGGUGGGGGAUACGGCGCCGCCGCAGGCGCAUGCCGCCUCCACAAUUCUGCCCUCGUCCUCGUCCUAUAUGCAGCUGGGCGGCGUCUCUGGCGUCUCUGGCGCCUCGGCUGUUAAUCUUCAUGCUGCCGCUGUUGCUGUGGCCGCUGCCGCUGCCGCCGCCGCCGCUGCUGCUGCUGCUGCCGGCGCCGGUACACUGCCGCCCACAAAUAGCCACGCCCAUGCGCUUUAUGGUCACCAACACAAUGCGCACGGACAGCAUCCGCACAGCGGUCACAGCGGUCACAGCGGCGCCGGUCAUGUGCCCAUCACAGACGCCCAGGUGGCCCAGGUGCAUCUGCACAAGCAGGGCCACCGUCCGCUGGGGCGCACCCAGUCGGCGCCGCUGCCUUUGGGCCAUCCCAUGCUCACCGGCGCCGGCCAGCUGAACGUGGCGCAAACGCACUACGAGAAUAGCGAGGCGGAACGCCAGGCGUACGAGCACCAGGUGCUCACCCAGAAGCUGCGCCAGAAGGUGUUGACGCGGAGCGAUGCCGCCGCCGCAGCCGCAGCCGUUGCCGUCGCCGCCGCCGGGAUACGCGAGCCGCAGCUUAGGGAGGAGGAGGAUGAUGACGAUGACGAUUCCGCCGCCGAGGUCAUGGAUCUCACCGACAAAAAGAAGCCGCCCAAGACGGUGCUCACGAGCACGAUUGCGACAAGCACCUCACAGAACUUGCCGGAGGCCCUGGCCGCGGCCAACUACCGUGCGGCCGCCAAGUCGAGCAAGUUGCGCGAUCAGGAGUACUUGCAGCAGCAGCGCGAGCUGCUCUUCCUGCAGGAGGAGGAGCUGGCCAAGGGCCUGAUGCGUCCGCUAUCGCGCACGCUGAGCAGCCCCCUGGUGCCGGGCCAUGGCCUCAGCCAGAUACCCGACACGGGCCAGCAUCCGACGCCCAUUGUCACAUCCUCAUCGGCCGAUCAUAUACCGCCCGUCAAUCUGACGCUGCCCCACAAGCGACAGCUCCUCGGCAGCGUCUAUGCCGCCCAGCUGCGUCAGCAGCAACAGCAACAGCAGCAGCAGCAGCUGGUGGAGAGCCCGUGUCCGGUUGGAGGCGGACUGACGCACAAGAAGAUCACAACGGGACUCGCGUACGAUCCGCUAAUGCUGAAGCAUGCCUGCAUUUGCGGCGACAAUGCGCCGCAUCCGGAGCACAGCGGCCGGCUGCAGAGCGUCUGGGCGCGUCUCAAUGAAACGGAUCUGGUGAAGCGCUGCGAUCGGCUUCGCGCCCGCAAGGCAACACAGGAGGAGCUGCAAACGGUGCACACAGAGGCGCACGCCAUGCUCUUUGGCUCCAAUCAGGGCCAGCUGCAGCGACCCAAGCUCGAGAGCACCCUCUCCGCCAGCUUUGUGCGUCUCUCCUGCGGCGGCCUGGGCGUCGAUCUGGAUACCACAUGGAACGAGCAUCAUACGGCAAUUGCCGCCCGCAUGGCCGCCGGCUGUGUCAUUGAUUUGGCCUUCAAAACGGCCAAAGGUGAUUUGCGAAACGGUUUCGCCGUCGUCCGUCCGCCCGGCCACCAUGCGGAGGCCAAUCUGGCCAUGGGCUUCUGUUUCUUCAACUCGAUUGCCAUCGCCGCCAAGCUGCUGCGCCAGCGCGUGCCCGAAAUGAAGCGCAUCCUCAUCGUCGAUUGGGAUGUCCAUCAUGGCAAUGGCACACAGCAAGCAUUCUACCAAAGUCCCGACAUUCUAUAUCUUUCCAUACAUCGACACGAUGACGGUAACUUCUUUCCCGGCACAGGUGGCCCCACAGAGUGCGGCGCCGGUGCUGGCCUCGGCUAUAAUGUGAACAUCUCCUGGUCGGGCGCACUGAAUCCACCGCUGGGCGAUGCCGAGUAUAUCGCUGCAUUCCGUACCGUUGUGAUGCCCAUCGCCAAGUGCUUCAAUCCGGACAUUGUGCUGGUCUCGUCUGGCUUCGAUGCGGCCACCGGCCAUCCGGCGCCCCUCGGCGGCUACCAUGUCUCGCCCGCCUGCUUUGGCCUGAUGACGCGCGAACUGCUCCAGCUGGCCAACGGCAAGGUGGUACUCGCCCUCGAGGGCGGCUACGAUCUGGCGGCCAUCUGUGAUUCGGCGCAAGAGUGUGUUCGCGCCCUCCUUGGCGAUCCGGCGGCGCCGAUCCUGACCAGCGAACUGGAGCGACCGCCCUGCCAGAAUGCCAUCAACACGCUCCAAAAGACCAUUGCCAUACAGCAAACACAUUGGCCCUGCGUGCGACUCCUGGAGCACACGGUCGGCCUGUCCGCGCUGGAGGCGCUCCAGAUCGAGCACGAUGAAUCUGAAACGGUAAAUGCCAUGGCCGGCCUCUCCAUGCAGUCGCUGCACAGAACGCUUUCGCGUGACGAUUCCGAGGAGCCGAUGGAUCAGGAUGAAACCAAAUAAACGUCCGCGUCGCCGUCGCCCGCUCAACGCACUCUAGUUAUUGUUGUAGUUAAAAAUGUUGUUGUUUAUUGUUGUUGAUGUCAUUUGUUGUCGCCGUCGUCGCCGUCGUCGC